ACAUGCUUAUUACUAUGUUCAAAUCAAUACCUACCUAAUUAUUAUCAUAAUUAUUAUAAGUACACAUACACUAUAUUGCCAAAAGUAUUCGCUCACCCAUCCAAAUAAUCAGAAUCAGGUGUUCCAAUCACUUCCAUGGCCACAGGUGUAUAAAAUCAAGCACCUAGGCAUACAGACUGUUUUUACAAACAUUUGUGAAAGAAUGGGUCGCUCUCAGGAAGAGUGCGCAGAGAGCUUCAUGGAAUGGGUUUCCAUGGCCGAGCAGCUGCAUCCAAGCCAUACAUCACCAAGUGCAAUGCAAAGCGUUGGAUGCAGUGGUGUAAAGCACGCCGCCACUGGACUCUAGAGCAGUGGAGACGCGUUCUCUGGAGGGACGAAUCGCGCUUCUCCAUCUGGCAAUCUGAUGGACGAGUCUGGGUUUGGCGGUUGCCAGGAGAACGGUACUUGUCUGACUGCAUUGUGCCAAGUGUAAAGUUUGGUGGAGGGGGGAUUAUGGUGUGGCAUUGUUUUUCAGGAGCUGGGCUUGGCCCCUUAGUUCCAGUGAAAGGAACUCUGAAUGCUUCAGCAUACCAAGACAUUUUGGACAAUUCCAUGCAACUUUUUUGGGAACAGUUUGGAGCUGGCCCCUUCCUCUUCCAACAUGACUGUGCACCAGUGACCAAAGCAAGGUCCAUAAAGACAUGGAUGACAGAGUCUGGUGUGGAUGAACUUGACUGGCCUGCACAGAGUCCUGACCUCAACCCGAUAGAACACCUUUGGGAUGAAUUAGAGCGGAGACUGAGAGCCAGGCCUUCUCGUCCAACAUCAGUGUGUGACCUCACAAAUGCGCUUCUAGAAGAAUGGUCAAAAAUUCCCAUAAACACACUCCUAAACCUUGUGGACAGCCUUCCCAGAAGAGUUGAAGCUGUUAUAGCUGCAAAGGGUGGACCGACAUCAUAUUGAACCCUAUGGAUUAGGAAUGGGAUGUCACUUAAGUUCAUAUCCGAGUCAAGGCAGGCCCUGACCCUGCUUGAUUACUUGGCUAAGACGGGUUCGGAGCGCGUAGCGCAGCAAUGCCGUGAAAACGCUUUCACCAUCCAGACACUGCGCGACUUUCAGUACGUGGACCGGGACGGGCGUGAUCAGGGCGUGAAUGUGCGUGAGAAGGCCAAGCAGCUGGUGGCAUUGCUCAGGGAUGAGGACAGGCUCAGACAAGAGAGGGCGCUGGCACUGAAGACCAAAGAGCGGUUAGCAAGCGCAGGAGGAGGUGGAGGGUCAGGGACGGUUCCUCCCUCAUACCUGAGUAGGAGGAGCAGCCAGCCGAGCAUGGCGGCACUGUACGGAGAGGAGUUCAGUCGAUCCAGAGGAUCUCCAUCUUCCUUUACCUCAUCUCCGUCAUCUCCGAGAGCCUCUGAUCUGGAGCACUCUCGCCCUCAAACCAGUGGAGAGGAAGAGCUGCAGUUACAGCUGGCACUUGCCAUGAGUCGAGAGGAACAUCGCAGAGGUCAAGAGGAUGAUUCCCAAGUUGAGAAAGCUGUAGACAAGAGCAGGAGAGGCAGUGAACCCGGACCUGGGGAGUCAGCCAUGAUUGAUCUGGUGGACAUAUUUGGACCAUCUGGACAAUCAGAAGCGCCACCCAGCGAUGAUCUCUGGGAUGCCCAGCCCUCCUGCCCUUUAACCUCUGAUCCCUGGGAGUCUGUUGCUGUGGUUAACACCAGUACCCCUGUAGUUGGUAGUCCAUGGAAACCCCACCCCUCUUCUGGUAGCCCAGAUCAAGACUGGGUUACGGACCAAUCUCCACCAGACCCAUGGGGAGCCCUGCCCACUAAGUCCACAUCUAAAUCUACAGAACAACCCUGGAGGAGUCCAGUUCGGCCAGCCUCAGCAGGAGUCGACCCAUUUUCCAUUCCUGAGGAAGAGGAACCUGGAGACAAACGACCUAACAGUGUGUUCAGUCCUCGCUGUGAGAGUCCAGCAGAUAUGGAUCCAUUUGCUGACUUGGUGGUGGGUGGGCAGGUAAAUGGCAGAGUUGAACCAAGUUCGAUGACCUUUGACCCCUCUCAUCUUGGUCCCCCACUGGAUUCAGUGACCCCUAGAAAGUGCUGCACACCAGAGGCUUUUCUUGGCCCUACUGCUGCAUCACUCAUCAACCUAGACACACUAAUUCCCUCAAAACAACACUCACAAACACACCCACUCAACCCCUCCAAUAUACCAGCCAAGAGCAAGAACCCCUUCCUCUCAGGUCUGAGCGCUCCCUCGCCCACUAACCCAUUCCACUGUGACCAACGCAGACUGACUCUGAAUCAGAUGCGUCCGAACUCCACUUCCCCACUGCCUGCCCAUGCUUUGCCUGGUGCUCUUCCCUACAGUGCCUCUCUUCCCCUGCCCUCAUCCCAAAAUGCGCCCCAGCCUCCGGACCUGCCCCCUAACCUUCCCCAGCCCUUGUUGCCCCUCUCCUCUAUGCCCCGCCUCCAAACAGCCCCCCAGCUCCAGAGCCACAGCAACAAUCCCUUUCUCUGA